CGAAAGCACACAAACGCGGGCACAGGUGCGCAUGCCGGGCAGUCUUACAUACAGACGUACACUUCCUUCGAGAUGUCCAAGGGGACCCGCUUAAGAGGUUUGAGCUACGUAGAAGUUGUGUUCAGUUUAUUACUUUGACUUGCAAGUAUGAUGCUGAAUACGGCAUCUGGUUAGGGUUGUGAUAGUUUCUCUCCGCUGAUACGCACCGACAUAUCAGCUUUUGGUAGUGCUGCAAUUACCGAAUUUAAAGGAAGAUUAUAUAUUUGUCAUUUGAUUUUUACUUUGGUUUGUUUUCACAGUCACAUGACGCAAAGUGCAACUGCGAGACAGGGUUUAGCCGUGAGUGUGUGUCUGUGGAACCGCGUGCGCCCAUAGCUGCCAUAGCGCUGUCAGACUGACAUCCACGGAGACAUGAACGGCUCCUUCUUCGACCAAGCCCAGGGCGCACUAUUCAACAGGAGCCAAGUCCUCGCCGGUACUCUGGUGAACUGCUGCAACGGGACGGACGUGGCAACCAGUGACGGCGGUUCGCUGGCGCUACCUCCAGACGAGCGGAAACUCUUUAUCAGUCGCGUCGUACAGAUCGCGGUCCUGUGCGUACUGUCGCUCACCGUCAUGUUUGGCAUCUUUUUCCUCGGCUGCAACCUCAUGAUCAAAUCGGAGAGUAUGAUUAACUUUAUGGUGAAGGACCGGAGACCUUCCAAAGACGUAGAGGCGCCGGUGAUGAUAGGACUCAGCUAGUCUAUGGCGCCGGGAUGGAGAAUGUUGUGUAGCCGCGCGCCACGGACCCAUAGUCUCAACACGCUGUCUUUGGGGCGGCACGAUGAUAUGCAAUGCGCUUGAAUUCCUCACGAAAUAUGUUUGCCAAUAUAGACUGCAAUUGCAGUCAAGCGCGGCCAAUUCCUCAUAUCAAACGUUUAAGGAGAACCAGGAAUGCAUCGUUGUUUACGCAUAGGCUGUUGGAUAUUGUUUUGUUUUUGACUGUCAACUUGAAAAAAGUAAUGGACUCUUGUGAUAAAAAUGUUUACACGUUGUUACCUCAAAUUAUAUUUGCAAAAGUCGAUAUUUCCAUGAUUGUUUAACAACUUUACGCAUGCAUAUUGUAUGUUUUUUCCAUUUCCGUUCUGACAGUAGGCUAUACAUUUUGGACGUGGGAAUUCUCUGAAAAUAUAUUUUCCUUGGUCCCGUUUCUUAGUAGCAUGUCUGGCAAACACUCAAGGUGCUGGGAUCUUGCAUGUUUAAUAACUAACCCCAUUACUGCUACAACGAGUGUUUCAAUGUCCAGUUCAGCAUGCACGAGGCUUGGUCUGUAGCCUACAGUACAAGGUGGUAUUUGGACCUACUGUUUUUGCACUUUUUUGAAAGCACCUGAUGCUGCAUGAUUUUUGUACCAAGAUGAAACUUGAAUGAAAAGUGCAGCAUGCUACGAAUAAACGUGACGUUGUCGUAUCUCUUCAUUGAUAUCUAUUGUACAUGUUACAGGCUACAUGUUGCAGUAGAUUAGAUUUAUUCAUGUCUGGCAUAGGCCAAUCGCACAAAGCAGCAUAAAUAAACAGUAUAUAUUAAACAAAUGAGUUACAUUUAAAUGUGAUCGAGGACCUUGUGCAUGUUAUACUGUACUGUAAUAGGAAUAACAAUAACAGCAACAAUAAUAACGUAAUGACAGUAAUAAUAACAAUAAUAAUGUUAUUAGUCUAUUAUAAUUAUAAUAAUAUAUUAUAAGGAAAUGGUUUUUAGACACAAGUCUAAACUUUUCCUCCAUUUGCACACAAUUACGUACAUAAAUAACUGUGUAAAAUCUAAUAUUGUUCAAAUGCAUAGAUUUUAAUUGGCUGUAAGACUGGUCCGUUUUAAUGCACAGGUGAACGAUUACUCAAGACUAUUAAAUGUAGUGCACUCAUGCCUUGACUUAUAAAAAUGAAUUUGUGAAUUUCUUAUCUGACGAUAAAGUGGAGAUAAUCCACAGAGGGUAUGUUUCACAGAUGCCUUCUCUCUAUAAAAUCCAUGCAGUCAAGUCAAGUCUAGGUUGAGUAGAGACAUACCCCACUGGGCAGAAACUGGUUCAAUCAACGUUGUUUCAAUGUAAUUUGCCGAUUUAUUGUGACGUGGAUCUACGUGCAAAAUACAUUGUAUUUGAAAAAGUAAUCAACGUUAACUUGUUUUGAGAAUGGAAUUUCAACCACAGGAUUAUGUCAUAAUUGUAACCUAUGUUAAACAUAUACAAACUUUGUAUAAAAUAUGUUGCAUUUGUACCUUUGAAACAAUGUCAGAUCUUCAAUGUUAUAUACACUAUCAGAAGAAAUACAUAUAGGCUGGGCAGCAACUCCUACUGGUCUCCCAUCCAGAGAUUUACCCUAGCUAUGAUGGCUUUGAUAUUUGUCACUGACCACUAUCAAUGUGCUAACGCGUGAAUGAUUGAUUAUCGAUAGAUCUCUAAAUAACUAAAUAUAUCCACUGUUCCUAUCGAAGUCAUUCUAAAGGGUAGGUUUAAACAGAGCAAAUAAAAUGUAACAAUACAUUAUAAGUCAUAUCAUCAAUAUUAUACUAUUUAGGCCUAUAUAGCAUUUGCGAAGUCAUCAACAACUAUUGUUUCAAUUCAACCCAUGGUUCAACUAAAAAUAGACAAUAUAUACAGUACGGGCCUAUGGUUUCAAGUUUGAAUUGAUUUCAAUGUAAUCUUCAAGUUAAUCAUUAAUAUGUUGGAUUCUCAUCUUCAUCUCAACCAAACAUUUAAGUUAAAGCAUAUAACUAAAUAAAACCAAACUUUAUUUAAAGUGCAUUCAAAGUUUGAUUAGAUUAUAUUUAGUCUUAUUCUUUAACUUAGAUUUUUGGUUGAGAUGGAGAUGUGAAUCCAACAUACCAAUUAUUCAUUUGUAAACAAACUGGAUAUAGAAUUGUGUUUGGUUGUCAACGCAACCAGAUAUAAACAUUUUAACGAGGUAUUUUCAGCUUGCAUAGUUAUGCACAAUUCAGACGCUGAAUUUAUGGCGAGUUGGAGUGAAUAGAAAUUAUGAGCGGGCUGGCACGGUUAAGAGCUUUGCUUGACGUCAGUGGCGGUUCUAGACCAUUUCAACUGGGGGGCCAAGCUGGGGCCAGUUGUACUGUUAGAGGGGCCAGUUACAUUAGACGUUAUUGUUGUCAUAUCGUUUUCUUCACUGCAUUGCAGGCAUUAGCAGGCAAAAGACCAUGUUCAUAAUCAUUAGUGUUCCGCGUUGCCACUGUCUAAUAACGGAUGUAAAAAAAGAACGAUAGCAAAAAUUAGUUAUGUAAAAAUUAUUUAAUACUCCACAUUUAGGGGGGUCCAAAAGCACAAGGGGUCCAAAAUUGUUGUCACAGGGGUACUGGCCCCCCUCAGAACCGCUAGUGCUCGAUUGGUACGGAUUGGUUUCAUACAAGACCAUGUAUGAGACCAUGACUGUGCUUCCGUUGUGGGUGUGGUAGCGAAGCAACCUUUAUUUGCAUGCAAUUAACAUGUGUUAACACGCAUUGCCAUGUCUCCCGACAGUGGAAGAACUGCUCUGGUGCGCCACAUGAAACACCCGCACCGCGCCGAAAGAGCGGCAGAGGCUGCCGAACUAUUAUCAAAGGUCCGACGAGGCGCACUUAAUCGUUUCAGGCGGCACUCUAUCUCCGCUCUUCCAAUGAGAAAGUUAAGUGUUUUUGUUAUGUGCGGUGAUAAAGCGCUGUUUGUACUAGGGCUAAGUCUGGCUUUAAUUACACGUUGGCUUUAAUUCCAGUUUGUCUAAACAUUUAUGAUUGAUAUGUUGGAUUCAUGUCUCCAUCUCAACCAAAAAUCUAAGUAAAAGAAUAGGACUAAAUCAAAUCAAACUUUAUAUAAAGUCCAAGUUUGAUUUGAUUUAGUCCUCUUCUUUAACUUAGAUUUUUGGUUGAGAUGGAGACGUGAAAUCAUGAAAUUAAAUUAAAGCCAGACUAAGUCCGUGGCACUGCUUUUAAAACUGAUUGAAAGUAACACAUUUAGAUGACAACUAAACCAAACAUCGGAUAUUGUUUUCCCAUUGGAAUUUGGUUGUGCUUUUAGAUGGUUGAAAGCAUAGUGAUAACACAUUGGGAAUUCAACACACUUCUGGCUAUGGUUCAGACUUCAGAGUCAGACUGAGGUAUGCCUGCAAGUCUGGUCAAAUACUCUUAGCACUCAGCAAGGCGCUAAGUCUUCUCUAUUAUUCACUAUGUUUCUUUUACUCCAUGUGUAACU